GCCAUGGGGAAUCCAUCAUCAUCUUCACUUCCCCUCAAAUUGGCCUUCAUCCUCUCAUUCUCUCUCACUGCUUCUUCUUCUUCUUCUUCUUCAUCAUCUUCUUCCUAUUACUCUCCCACGCCCCCUAAAUCCCAUUAUCAUUACCUCUCACUUCGCAAAUUUAACUCCAAGAAAGCCUCCACCGCACCACCCACCGCCUCCGCCGGAGACAUACUCUCACUCCUUGGAACACCUCAACAAGCUUCCUCAGUCAACCCCAAGGUUGCCGCUGAACUUCGAUCCUGCUUCAAGUUCCUUGUUCCUUUUAAUUCUACAACUAGUUCCCCUUCCAAGUUAGGAAAUCGGCCUAGUAAAUCCUCAACCGAUUCGGAAAUUCGGUUCCCGCGGCGGUCGCUGAAUUCGGAAUGCCGUUCUGACUCUUGGAGUGAUAAGGAUGAGCUCGUGUGGUCACCGCCGGCACCUGUAUUGGAGAUCGCUCGACUUGCUUUUGAUUCUGGUGGUGAUCCAGGGUGUAUUCAACGUACCCUUGAUCCCACGAUGAUCGAUAUACCUGAUGUUCAAGGAUCAAACAAAAAUCGAUGUCAACUUACAAGAACACCUUAUGGAAGACGCUUUAUAAACGAGGAAUUGAAUUUAUACAUGGAAUUUUUGUUCAAACUUAUUGCUGCCCGUGGUCCCAAAGUUGGGUUGCAUGUAUCAUUAGAUCGAUAUGAUUUCUUUCAUGGUCAUCUUUUCAUUGCCGCGGAUGGAAGAGUUGGCAUUUUGUUUCAUGCUAAAGAAUACCUAGCAUAUGAUAAAGAAGUGUUCCCAUAUAACAUGGGAUAUUGCCAAGCAGGUUCUAAUGUGACAUAUGAUGAUUCGAUGAAUCUGCGGAACAUUUUGUGGUUAGCUCCUUUGCCGAGUAAUUCCAUCAGCGGUGGGUCUGCACCUGGGGUGCUAGUGGUAUUGGAUGCGCAUCCAGGAGGAAUCAUCUAUCGAGAUAUAAUACCUGAAUAUGUAGAUUAUGUCAGAACGAUAUAUGAAGAUGAUUUUGGCGAUAACGUAGUUGAUGUCAACUACCUAAAUGUAGGAGCUGCAGAGGCUGACUAUCAGAUAUUCAUUUGCUAAUACUUGACCCAUUGCAUUGCAGGUCAGUUAUGUAUGAUUUUUCAGAGAACAUUUAGUCCCUCCUCAUGAUGUGUUGGAUAUUGAAGAAGAUGUAAAAAGCUUGAGAGAUUGGUGUAUUGCAACUGAGAAAUUAACAUAGGUUUGGAAAAGGAGAGACUUUAUGAGCUUUGUGCCUUAAAUAACACUUUUCCAUUCAGAUUCUUAAGGAAAGAAUGUAUGUAACUGGAAAAAGAAACAUAGUACAUGAAGGUGUCUUUCAAUUUGAUUGCUC